UCCGGAAUCAUCGUCAACAUGUCUUACUACGAUAUCGAUGCCAUCUUAACAGAUUCCCAAAAACUGCCCUGCACAUUUGAACUGGAAGUGCCCGGUCUUGGCAUUCUAGAAGGCAAUCCGGGAGAAAAUAUUAAAGCUGGGACGCGCAUUGAUCUGCCGUUAUGGCUGGGGGAGAUGCUUUCUAUCGGUGCUCGGCUGGGAACAUCUCGACUGGUUACGCUGGAUCUUCCCUCCGCGUUGUCGGAAAGGGUCAUGAAUGCCUUAAAGGCUGAUCCGAGGACGGUGGAAUUGCGGUCAUUGGCGCCGCAUUUCUAUAGUCUGAGUGAACGCAUUCUGGAGCUUUUUGAAGAGGAGGAAAUGGUGGAGGUGUUGAGUAAUACGUUUAAGAAGCGAUCUGCAGAGAUCGCGGACCAUGCGCACAACCCGCAGGGCGCUUUAGGGCAGGGCGCGGAUUUCUUGCGAGGGCUGGAUGAGACGGAGAGGCAGUUAUUCCGGGUUGCUCAUGAUAGUGCCAAGGAGACGCGUAUCUGGGCUGGAGAGGCAAAGAAGAAAUGAUGUCGAGGUUAUUAGUGUUGAAGGAUGAUGUGGAGGGUUGAGCUGUGCUCGCCGUUAUGAUUAUACACAGCAUUAAUUAUGAACUAAGCAUGGGAUAUGAUUACCUUAAAGCUAUGCGUAUCAGCUGGUGGUAACUGAUGCUAAUCGUUGUUGUCCCGGGACUGUAACAAAGUUAAACCUGAGGCUGAUGCCGAUGCUGCUAACCAGCUAUUCGGACAAUAGUCU